AUGCUUAUAAAAAAUAUGAAAGCAGCGGAUAUUCUAGAGGAUUUAGAAUCAAAGCUUGCAUAUAUUCCAGGCAGUUGUGAUCAUGACGGACGACCUUUAAUAGUAAUAAAUAUUCCACCAGAAUUUGAUUCCACAACAAAGUCGAAAUUAGAGUUCCUCAUUUCAUAUUUUUUAUCAAUUUUCAGCGAUGAGACGAAGGAAAACGGAUUGGUUUUAAUUGUAGACGCCCGUUAUAGUGCAUGGCGCGUAACUAGAUCUUGUAUUAAACUCUCUACGAAUCUUAUAGGAUCUAAAGUCAUUUCUGUGAUUGUGAUACGACCGGAUGGGUUUUGGGAUAAACGUGUCGACAGUUGUACCAAGUUGUAUAAAGAAGGCGAACCAAUAUACGUUACUUUAACGGAGCUACAUGUGUACAUCGAUAUUUCUCAAUUACCGUACGAAUUAGCAGGUAACAAGGCAUACAAUCACAUCGAAUGGAUUAAUAAACGUAUGAAAAUGGAAGAUUAUUCAAGAGAUGCAUUAGAGUUUGUAUCGAAGAUGACAAAUUUACAUCAAAGAUUGAAUAUUUUUGAUGGUAUUCGCAUAACGCAAUCGGAUAAUGUAAAGUCUUAUUGGGAAAUGGGCAUAGAAUUGUUAUCAACGGCACGUCAUGUACUUCAAUCAGGUAGAAAUCUAGUAAGUUCUAUGAGUAGAGAGUCUUCUAAAGAUAUUUUGGAUACCAUUAAAGGAAUUCAUAAGCUACUCGAUUCUAUUGAAUUAAAGCAGAUAGACAUUGAAAAUUCGUGUACAGAGUUGGAACGAAAUCUGGAUACUGCUAGAGUAAUCGAAAGUCUAGAACGGGGAGUGUCAAGCGUUACUGAUUGGAUCUUGGGUCCAGCGGACAUAAUGCUAAAUUCCUGUUGUCAGGUUGGUUUCGAUGUUUCAUCAUCCGAGGAGCUCCGAAGGCAGCACGAAAAAAUUGAGCUUCAAUGCAGGGAGACCUAUGGACAAUACGCAAAGCUGCUUCAUAAAAUUGACAAUCUACCUAAAAGUAAACUACCAGAAGAUUUAAAAUCUCAAAGAGAUUUCAUGGAUUUUGUUUGUCGUAGCUUUGCUUCACGGCUCGAAAGACGUAGAAAUGUAUUAAUCACUUCGCAAAGGUUCUUUAGAUUCGUUUCUGAGUACUUCGAUAAGACGAGUGAAGUAUUUGAGCAAUUAGUCAUGGGUAGUAGAAAUUACAACUUCUCUGAAGCAAGUAUUAAAUUGUUAACUUUGGAAAAGAGUCAAAUAUUUUUAGACAGUUUAGAACGCGAGCUUGUAAAAGAAGGCGAAAAAUUGUCUGACAUUCUCUCUAUGCCUGUGAAAGAUGCACUUGGUCGAGAAGUUCAUGUAAAAUACGAUGAAGAUAUCGUCAAUGUAAAAGAUAUACUAGAUGCGACAAAUGCAAGAAAGAAUAUAUUUAAUGAUAGUUUAGAAUUACAGAAACUAUCACUGAAACAGAUAGCUUUGAUAUACAUGUACGAGCGCGAUGCCGAGCAAGCUGUUAAGUGGUUAAAUGAUUUAUUCAAUGUUUUACUUCGAAAUCACAUGGGAGUUGGUUGUAAUGUGAAGGAAAUACAAUCGCAAAAAGAGGAACAUCAAUCUUUCCAGGAAACAGCAAAAGGAACUUAUGAGUACGGUGGUCAGUUGGUGAAUGGGGCACGUGUAUUGAGAUUAUCUUGCAGAGUAUCUCUAGAGGGUAAUGCUAAUCUAUCUUCAAAAUUACAACAGGCUUGGCAACAGUUCCGAUCUGUCAGUCAGGAACAAUUAAUCAGGCUACGAGUAUGCGCUGUUUUUCAUAGAAACAUCGAAGAUCAUUGUACCGGAUUACAAAAUUUGGCGGAAACAGUGAUGGCCCUGUAUCAUUCUGCAAAAGAUGAAGAUACGGCAAAAGCACGCAUUAAAGAAAAUAUAAGAGAUAUCCUUGAUAAUCGAGAGAAACUUUUAUUGGAAGUGGGUCGGAUGGUAAGAUUGGGUCGUCUCCUUAAGACGCGGUUGAAGGAACCUCUUUAUAAUCAACCAAUGUCUAAAGUCAAGAAUGCUUCGGUCUUUGGUGAUAAUUUGACAGCAGUCGAAGCUAUCUCGACGAAAUUAGCGGAAGUUACGCAUCUCGCGGAAAAACUGGAUGCGAGACUAUGUGAAGCUGGAGCUAGAACUCGACCGAUGUCUAUUCCUGCCGUUGUGACGUCCUCUUCUUCGUCCUUGCUCUCAAUAUCUACUAUGUCGCCAUCAAACGAAUCCAUGCAUACGGCUUCUAACACGACUACAUUGACAUCGAGCAUGACAGCUUCAACCGUGUCUGUAAUCGCUGAAAUGUAUCCAAUAACUUCGGAAACUGUAACUACAAGAAUCAAAUCUGAUGUAAUUAAAUCCAUUACUUCUACAUCCGAAAAAUUAGAUGACAGUUCAUUUCAUAUUCGUUCGCAAUCCGUGGAGAAUGUCGAAGUAUCAAAUAAAGAUUUUAAUUCUAAGGAACUUAUUGAAAAUUUUCGUAGCGAAAGUGCAAUAGGAGAAUACAAUAUAGAGGGUUAUACAACAGCGACUGAAUGUUCAACAACUCCACCUUCGCAUUCGAGAAGCGAAUCUUUCGUAACAUCGCCGGAAUGCGAAGAUCUUUCUAUCAUUGCACCUAUGGUGACAUAUUCUGGUUCCACUUGGUGGAUUAUGGAAAAGCCUAAAUUAAUAACUACAGUUGCACCUCUUACUUCUCCAACAAAUGAAAAUAAAAAAUUACCCGAAACACCAGAUUUUUCAAUUGCCAGCGGAGUAAACCCAACAACACGAACGAAAGCAAUGGAUAAAAUAACUAAUGAAAAGUCAAACAAUAUUAUAAAAGAAGUUACUGAGACAACUAUUUUGCGUGUUUUGCACGACAUUCGAUUAGGUGUAGCCUCUUAUAAAGUGAUAUCAAAUACUGUGCAAGAUCAUCGGCAAUAUAUCGACGUGAAAGAUAUCCAAAAUGUGGAAGAUGUGCUAGAAGUAGAAUCGCGCGAAAAAGUAGAUGAUAUUCACCACCAUCUUGAUUUAUCUCCGUUCAGUUAUUCGAAAAAAGAGCAAUCAAAUGAAGAUAAUACAAGCAUCCGAGAACAUGUGUUGAAUAAAAGCAUGUGCUCUAAUUUAAGAACAAAUGAAGAUAUACCGCUGUCUUCGCAAAAUUUUUUACGACAUGAAGAUAGCGAAAUUAAAAUGUAGUAGAAUGAUAAUUUAAAAGAUGAAGAGUUUCUUGAAAGAACAAGAAAGAUAAGUUUACAAAUAAAAUUAACGAUGAUGAUUGAUGGUCCUGACUUGAUGGCACACGUACAUCCCGAAAGAUCUGUUGAGAUGAAUUCCGAAAUUGUGAUGCAAAGAAAUGAAGAUACGUCACAACAAAUCAUCUCCCCGACUACUACUAUAAGUACCAUAGCUGUGCAAAGUGGAGAAAUGCGUGUAGUAAUCGCUUUACUUCAAAGUGGCGAAUGUCUGAAGCUGAAAAUACUCGAGCUACAACCAGAAUUAACGAAACUUGGUGCUUCCGUAAAAGAAGCCAUGGAACUUUCGAACGCACACGAUCAAGUGUUACUUCGAUUACAGAAUAAACAAAGUCCGGUGGAAGAAUUAUUGCGACAAGCUGAUCAAUUAAUCACAACCCAGAAACCAAGAGCAGAAGUAUAUACUACCAUGGCAGAAACAUUAGGUCAGGCAUGGCACGAUAUAAAUCAACUUUUAGAACGUCGUAAGAAAAUAUCUGACCGAAACGUAUUAUUUCAAUGUCGCACGGCAGAAUGUUGGGAAUGUAUGGAGGCGUUAGAAAUGGCAUGUAACAACACAUUACUACCGAUUGAGAUAGAAGCAGUAAAAAAUUGUCUAUCAAAGAUUCAGGAUCUUCGCAAAGAUAUGUUGGAAGCAUUGAUGGGUGCAUUGCGGGAGAGUAAAACAUUAUUGGAUGAAUUUAAGGAAUUAGUAAACGAAGGCACUUUGGAUUCUAGAUCGGAUACGAUUAAAGAUGAAGCUAAUCAUGCCGUGUUACGAGUUGAAAAAUGGCUGGAAGAACUACACGAUAGAAGAAAGCUGAUCGAGACAUUUUUUCGUAAUAGAAAAAUUCAAUUGGAGCAAUGUCUUGCUCUCGCGAUGCUUGCGACUGAUCUUCGUAACGUCGAAGAAAUUCUCAAUGAUAGAAUCGCUGCAUUAGAAGGCAGUUGCAAUCAACUGGGAGAUUCUGUAUCUAAUGCAGAACUGCUUCUUUUUGAAUUAAAAAAGUUGCAAAUCGAAGCAAAGGAGUUUCAAGAUAAAGCUAUUAAAAUAACUAAAUCGACCGAACGAUUAGUGUCAUCGGGACACUUUGCAGGCGAACAAGCGACUAAACAGGCGUUUGCGAUUCUCAGCACAGCUACCGAUUAUAUUAACAAUUUAGAUCAGUAUAACAUGUUAUUGAAUAAAACAAUGGCUUUUUUCGAUUUGGCACAAUCGGCUAUCAUAAAACUGGACCAAUUUGAAAUUCAGUUAAUAACCACGGAACAUCCUUAUUCUACACGACUCGCACGUCUUCAUGCACAGAUACUAGCUAUGAUAGAAAACGUAAUUUCAAAGCCAUUGUCAGAAGGAUAUGCAUUACUAGACAUCACAGGAAGAGAAGCACCUGGUGCAGAGGGUGUAAGAAGUACUGUAGAAAAAUUGGAAAAUUGCAAAUUUUCUUUGAUGGAAAGGUAUACAGCUCAUAAAGAAGAAAAUUUAGAGAUUUCAAGAAUACUUGCUAUAUUUUUAGAUAAACAUAAUAUAUUACAAGCUUGGCUAACUAAUAUUGCUAAAAUCUUUCUUCAAAAACAUCAAAAUAUGGGCAGCGAUUUGGCAAUGGCAUAUGAUUUUCGUCAAAUUCAUUGUCAAUUUUUAGUCGAAUUAGAAAAUAAAAGUGAGGAGGUAGAUCAUUUGGAAAUUCUUCCAAUCACAGAACACCCUGACGAAAUACAGAAAUACGAAUUACAAUUAAAAAUAAAAAAUCUUGAAGACGAAUUGACAAAAAUAAAAAUUGCUAUAGUAAAAAGGAUUGAAUUGAGUACCAUUUAUAUACAGUUCUAUGAAAUUGUGGAAGAACUGACUUAUGAAAUAGAUUUUAUUGACAACAAAUUGAAAAAUGAAAAUGUAAUAGAUGAGGCUACAUUUAAUGAAUUAAAAGAAAGAUGGAAAUCUUUUGAGUUUCUUUACAAUAAACUUGACAAUCAUGCAAAGACAUUGCUCAAUGAAACAAACAACAUUGAUGACUUUUAUCUCGACGUAUCGCAAACUUGUCUGUGUGUUCAAACUCUUUUAGAAAAGUUUGCUAAUCGGCAAUUGAUUAUAACAGAAUGGUGGAAAAAAUGGCAGAUUACUGUCGAAGUAAUAAGACAAAGACGGAUGGAAUAUGAACAGAAAGUAGAAGAAAGUAAAGAGACAUUAGCGUGGAUAACAAAAUUUGAGAUGACACUAUAUCCAGUGAUAACAACACCAUCUUCUAGAAUAACUGAUAUUUUGGAUAAUUUGCAAGAUGCACGAAUUCGGAUUUCAUCUAAAUUAAACAACGCUCUUCAUGAAUUAGAUACCAAAAUCGAAAGUAUUCAAGUAUUUGUCGAAAGAGAUGAAAUUAAAGCAACCGAGCAGAUUUUAGGAAAACUUGUGCAAAUGCGUGAAAAAGUGAAUACUAUCAUUAAAGAUUACGAAAUAUUAUUAGAAUCUUUAAUUCUUAUCUUUAGAAAUCUUGAGAAGAUUGAACGUAAAAUUGAGGAAGCAAAACAAGAAAGUGAAUGUGCCUCAAAUUCUACAAAGUUGAUUGACGUAGAUGAUUCUUUAAAUAAAUUUAACAUAUUAAAAUCGUUUAUUACGGAAUCUUUACUACAAAUACGUACAAAAUCUGAAAAAAUAAUUGGCAAUAUUAGACUACAGGAGCCGCUAGAAUUAGCAAUACAAGAUAUUGAGAAAUUAAACCGUAUGAUAGAUUCUGUGCACAUCAAGUUCGAAUUAUUCCAAACUGAAACGUCAAAUCGUCUUGAAGAACAUUUGCAUCUGUGUAUUUUUAGAAAGGAUAUCGAAAAAAUUAAUUCCGAUCUACGUGAAUUAAACGAACAGCUAAAAGAGAUGGAUGGAAGAAUUGGUGACAAUUUAUCAGUAUUGAAAACAACAUUAACUACUUUUGAACAGUUUGAGCAAACAAUAACGAUUUUAGACAGACAAAUUGAAACUUUUGUAAAAAAAACAGAAGAGACAAUUGUUCCAUUAACAUCACAAGUGACAGAUGAAAUUUUAUCUCUACACAACAGAUGGGAUCAUCUGAAGAAACAUGUUAGAGACACCAAAAAAAGAAUGCAUUUAAGCACUGACUAUUUCGUGCUCUUAGAAGAAGCUAAACAGUGGAUCAGGGAGGGUAAUAAACUUUUGGUAAUUACUGCACGUAAAGCAACAACCGUAAGAGUGCCUGAAGAAGCUAUUGAUUUACUACGAGAAAUUGAUGUUUACAUAAAACCAGGUGAAGAUCAACAGGAAAAGAGAAUUGAGAAACUGAGACAAUUAUCAACAAUAAUUUUCGGUACAGACAGACUUCCGCAAUUUAAUGAAAUAAUAGUAGAGAAUCGGCAAAUGCUAGAUUCCUUCGCGGUUAGUUCUUCCGAGUUGCGUACUUUGAGUCAAAAUUUACAGAAUGCCGAAGAUCUUCGAGAGAAACUACAAAUCGAAACGUUAAAAGCUGACAAAAAGCUACAAGCUGUUAAAAUAGAAAUGGUCGCGGUGGAAGCUGCGAAGAUAGAAGCAGAGGACUCGAAGAAACUUCCGGAACAGUUUGCCGCUGAGACUUUAGAUAAAACUGAAAUAGAGGCAAAAAAAUUAAAAGAGGAACAAACACAAAAAAUUGUUCCUUCUAUCUCUCACUCUAUCUCCGCCCAAACUGAUGAGACCAUAGUUGAAAAAACAAUUCAUAAAGCUUCCACUGUGACAACGAAAGAAAUUCAUAUUCUUCAAAAGAUGGAAAUCGAGAAAGAUAUUCCAGUUAUUCAAACGGAAAUUAGUCCAUCAGGGAAGCUUGUAUCCAAAGAGAUAUGCCACGAAUUGCUCGAACAUGCUAAAAAAACACAAAUAAACGAAGUUGUUUCAGUAGCUCCAGAAUUCACAGUUCCUUUGAAUAAUGCGACGGUUCAAGAAGGCAAAGAAUUCAGUUUUGAAUGUCAUCUAAUUGGUCAGCCGAUACCAAAAAUAGUAUGGUACAAAGAUGGAAUAUCGAUUUUAAAUAAUUCAGACUAUUUAGCAACUUAUGCAAACGGCGUUUGUAUUUUAAAAAUAGAAGAAACAUUCGCUGAAGACUCUGCCAAAUACACUUGUCGUGCAUUUAAUAUCCAUGGUUCCGUCGAAACAUCGGCCACUCUCACUGUCAAAGGAUUAUGGUCAAAAUGCAAUUAUAUCAAUGAGGAGUCUAGUCAUCAGCUGUGUCUAUAA